AUGGAUGAUGCGGUACAGAUGCUAGUGGACUUAUUGAUGGUCUCUGCAGAGGCUACCAGGGCUGAGACAGGGCAGUGUCGUGGAUCGUACUUACGCCUGCAAUGGUGCUGGAUAUACAAGCACUUUUCCUCAGUCGCGGAGUCCACUGCUAAUUUGGACUACGACGAGGAUUCAUCGCGUGCCUGUAGAUGGAUUGCUACGAAGAAGACCGUGAAGAGCAUACGUACACCGGCAUACAGGGAGUGCCUGGACCGACUCCGGAUUUCGGAUGUCUAUUGGAUCCCAUAUAGGGAGCACCGACCGGUGUCGUAUGAUGAUAUACACAACAGGUGGAUGCACUAUUCGGACCAUAUGGUUGCAGCAGGUGAGCCAUCAGAUCCUCAGGCAGAUGGUCAUGCUACGCAGCACAGAGUUGCCACUCAGGAUCCUGACAUAGAUAUCCAUCCGGUCACGGAGCCAGCAGCACCAUCGACAUCUGCAAGGUCCGAUGUGGCCGAGUCGAGACAUGCAGUGGAAGCUUGCCAUGCGAUUGCAGAGAGGUUGGAGAGCCAUCUCAACCUAGGGGUGGUCACGUCAGGCACAUCGACACAUGAGUUGAUUGAAGAAUGCCUCAGGAUUUCCAAGAGUGUCACACAAGACCAGCUAGUUUAUGUUAGGUCUCGACGCAAGCGGCACACGGAUCAGUCGUAG